UGGAGUCGUUGAGGGGCUACGAAUUGUCGAAAUUUGGAAAAAAUGGUUAGGGUUCUUCAACGUCGAGUCAACCUCGAACAAAGAGAGUGCGCACUGCAUAUGGACGAAAAUGCAGCAAAUGCGUGAAUCUGCUGUGCUGAAAGGUGUGAGCGUCAUCCCCACUUUCGGCGUCGGAAAUUCACCGCCAAAGUCACUGAAGUCAUUCUUCAAUGGAAUGUGCACUGGUGGGAUGCAGAGCGCCACGUUAGGUUUCAGCUCCACUCCGGGACUGAAAAAAGUUAGCGACUCUCUCCUCGAUGAGCACAACGCAUAUAAUAUCACCGGCGUCUUUAACCCGAGAUCGCUUCUUGUUUCUCAAGACGAUGCUGACCACUGUACUUCUUCUACAUGCUGGCACGUGAACCCAACACUGUUUUGGCGGGAGACGGCGUUUGAUUUGCAUUAUGGAACCAAUGCGAUGGACGCGUUUCCACUGGUCAAGCCUGACGGGCAAAGCCAGCUCUCACAAUGUUUCAAGGAGUUUCAGACCUGGGUGACGGCUGCCCGAGCCCAUCGAUCGAACGUCGAAUGGACCUUCGACUGCCAGAAUGCGAUGAAUUUCUGCACCAGCUUGAGUCAGACUCGUCUUCCGCCUAGUACAAGUAGUGUUCGAGAGUCCCCCAAUAUGAAAUCCCCAACAGCAGGUGGCGUAGAACUACUCGCAGACGAUGAAGAAACUCAUUUUCGCAAAGUACAAUCGAUAAAGCGGGGAUCUCUUGUGCAAAUUUCUGGGUUGGUAUCUCAGUCUCAACACAACGGCUCUAUUGGGGUGGUAACCACGGAAUAUAGUGCAGAGCGGGGUCGCAUCGGAGUGCGUAUUCUCGUCAAGGCUGACGGAAGCCAUGAUGUGGUAGCAGCUGAAGACGAGUCCACCAGGCACACGAGGACCAUCGGGCUGUUGCUUCGUCCUGUCAAUCUUGCACACUUUGUAACUUCCUCCACACAAGAACAAGCUGACGAUGACGAACAACUACGUAGCAACAAGCAGAUCGACAGUACUGCUGGUCGUGCUCGCUUGUUCGACGUGAUUACGAGUUCUAAUCUUGCUGACCACAUGGCAUUGCUCACGGUUGUGCUGAUGACGCGGCCGCUGCUUCGCGAUUAUGGAACGCUGCUCACUAGCACCUUUCUCCACCG